AAGGAGAAAAAAGAAAAAGGAAAAAGAGAAUCUCAAGAAAGUCAUUCACGUUUUCUUUACGUUGUCAUUCCCAAAGCCUACAGAAAAAAGGAAAAAAAACCCCAACUUUCCUCUUCUUCUUCUUCUUCUUCUUCUCCUUCUCCUCCUUCUCCUUUUUCCAUCUUUCAUUUCUCCGAUUCAAAUUUUCUCAACAAAUUUCUCCAAUUUCCCCUUUCAAAAUCUUCAAUUAAUCCACUUAAUUUUGCGCCCCUUUUCUUCAAUCUUCCAGUCUCAGGGUUAGCCAUGUCGGCGACUCGCUUCUGGACUUCCUCCACUUUCUUCUUUCUCCUUUCCCUAACCCUAACUUCCCUUUUUCCUCUUGCCUUUUCCAACUCCGAAGGCGAUGCUCUCUACACUCUCCGUCGCAGCUUCUCCGAUCCCGAUAACGUUCUUCAGAGUUGGGAUCCUACUCUCGUCAACCCUUGUACUUGGUUCCAUAUCACUUGUAAUCAGGAUAACCGCGUUACCCGAGUGGAUUUGGGGAAUUCUAAUUUGUCUGGACAUCUUGUUCCUGAACUUGGAAGGCUUGAGCAUCUGCAAUAUUUGGAACUUUACAAAAACAACAUCCAUGGAACUAUUCCAGAUGAGCUUGGAAACUUGAAGAGCCUCAUCAGUUUGGACCUAUAUAACAACAAUAUCACUGGAAGAAUUCCAGUUUCUUUGGGGAAAUUGAAAUCUCUUGUGUUCUUACGGCUUAAUGAUAACCGAUUAAAUGGACCAAUCCCGAGAGAACUUACUGGAGUUACAAGCCUUAAAGUUGUGGAUGUCUCAAGUAAUAACUUGUGUGGGACCAUACCAACCAGUGGACCAUUUGAGCACAUACCUUUAAACAACUUUGAGAAUAACCCUAGAAUGGAAGGACCAGAAUUAUUGGGACUUGCUAGCUAUGACACAAAUUGCACAUAGAAGGUGAUGCUACAAUAUUUACAGCUUAAGAAUGAGAAGAAUAGGGUAUUAUGGGGGGGAGUAAUAGUGUUUUUUUCACUCAAAAUAGUGAAUUGGAUUGGGAAAUACUAGAAAUCUAAAAUGACAGAUUGGUGUAUGUAAAUUGUGUAAUACCAAAUGCUUUGGUAUUUUGUAACAGUAUUUUUCGACUGCCACUACAUGAGUUUGUGCUAAUGGUAAUUCUAUCAACUGUUUGUUCA